CUGUCUUUUUCUAAUCAUGCCAGAAUCCAAGACUUAAACCGUCAGAAAGAUCUCACUUCACAGUUCAUGUCGGUGGCUUUAAACUCUUAAACUCAUACCAGUACAGGCAAUGAAAGUUUUCCUUUAAACUCUUGAAGGGCUUUAGCUUCUGCCAAGGGAGAUGAUGGAGGACUCCUGGAAACUGUUUUAUGUAUUUGGGAUCUUGGUUUUUGGAUUGGCAGCGCAAUGGAAAGCAGUGAAAAGUGAUGUUGGUUCGAUGUCAUGUGGGUUUCCAGCAGUAUACAACUUUGGGGACUCAAAUUCAGACACUGGAGGAAUAUCUGCAGCCUUAAAUGAAAUUCUUCCACCAAAUGGAGAGACGUUCUUUGGACAUCCUGCAGGCAGGGCCUGUGAUGGUCGCCUCAUCAUAGACUUUAUAGCUGAGAAUCUGAAGUUGCCAUACCUUAGUGCAUACCUGGACUCAGUUGGGACAAAUUUCAGGCAUGGUGCUAAUUUUGCAACGGGAGGUUCAUCGGUUAGACCGCCUGGCUAUAGUCCAUUCAAUCUUGGGGUUCAGAUUUCACAGUUCAUUCAAUUUAAAGCUCGCAGCACUGCUCUUUACAAUCAACUUAGCCUCAACAGAAGAAUCCCUUUAACCAUUAGCAAUCUACCAAGGCCUGCAGAAUUCUCACAGGCUCUAUUCACACUUGAUAUUGGACAAAAUGAUCUUUCUUAUGGUUUCCAACACACGACGGAAAAACAAGUUCUAGCAUCUAUUCCUGGUAUCACAGGCCAGUUGUCCCAAGCUAUUCUUGUACUAUACAAGGAAGGGGCAAGGUUCUUUUGGGUACAUAAUACAGGUCCCCUUGGUUGCUUGCCCUAUAGUGUUCUAUAUGACAAGUUAAAGCCUGGUAAUUUAGACAAGAAUGGAUGUGUGAAACUUCACAAUGAGGUGGCUAUGGAGUUUAACAGGCAGCUUAAGGACAAGGUAUCCCGGUUAAGGACACAACUCCCUUUUGCCAAAUUCACAUAUGUUGAUGUCUAUUCAGCCAAAUAUGCGCUCAUUAGCAACGCGAAGAAACUAGGUUUUGUUGAUCCAGCUAAUUUUUGCUGUGGAAGUUUUUAUGGAUACCACAUUAAUUGUGGCAAAAAAGCCACUGUGAAUGGAACAGUUUAUGGCAAUCCUUGCAAUCAUCCAUCAAGGCACGUUAGCUGGGAUGGUAUACAUUACUCUCAGGCAGCCAAUAUGUGGAUUGCACAGCGCAUUCUCAAUGGCUCUUUCUCUGAUCCACCUGUUCCAAUUCAAGAUGCUUGUCAACAUCAAAGAAAAAUGUGAUGAUAAUUAAAGAAAAAUACCAAUCAUGGUAUGUUCGCUGAUCAAAUGACAGUGAAACACUUCAUCAUAAGAGACAUUGUGGUUUCUUCUCACACUAUAAAAAUAUCUUAAGACAACAGUCUUUUCAAUUGAUCAGAAAAAAAAAAAGGUUUAUUAUCUUAGAAGCUACAUAUAUUCAACAAUGUUCUAUCUUCAUGUUUUUUUAAUGCUUAAGCAUUUGCAUGGUAAAGUAAUUAUGAUAUUUUCUAAUAUUAGUUUAUUUAUGGCACUUUAUUAUUGUUAUAUAUUUUUUACGAUGAAGUCUGUAGCUUGGGUUGCGAAUAGGCCAAGUAUCAAGAUUUAAAC